GAUUCAAUUACAGUCACUCAGGAGUGAGGGUGAUCACUUGCGGAAAUUGGUGAAUAUUGCAAAGCCGGCCAGCUUGCCCGAACUUGUCCCUAGUGAAGAGCUAUCAAAACUGCAGACUAGCAACAGAGUUGCAUUAGUUGCCGCAGUCAAAAGAAAAGUAAAGGACGUACAGAUGAGCAAGAUGUCCCAUAAAAUAAUACCAGAUGUUGAUUCAAAGUUGGAAGGUGUAGAAGAACAGGAAGAGGAAGAGGAUGAAGAGGAAGAGCAAGAGCAGAAAGAAGCAGACAAAGAAGAACAAAAUAAUCGAAAGAGAAAUCAAGAUACAGGUGGAAAUCGUGGCCAAAGAACAGUAAAACAAUCUGAACAGGAAGCUGUGUCAUUAAAUAGUCGUGGGGAGAAAAGAGAACAGCUUCACACAGAAAAGAAACCAUGUACUCUAGAUGACAGCAGUGUUAUUGGGAAAAUGGCACAGAAAAUGGACUAUGAUUACGAUGAAUCCAACCCAGAUUAUUCAGUUUGGGUUCCCCCAGAAGGCCAGACAGGUGAUGGUCGUACAAAGCUCAAUGAAAAGUAUGGGUACUAGAUUGAUUCCUGCCAUGAGUGAAAAGUUAUCAAAACGUGCACAGUUUUCCUCCCAAUGUAUAUGCACUUCAAAGUACGCUGUGAUAGUGCAUGUGUUACCUGUUGACAUACCUUGUUUGUGAUUCUGGAGCAGUUAUUUUCCCUUUCACAGAUAGAUAAUAAUUUGACAGUCUUCCUUUACUUGUAAUGAAGAAAUAAAUAAAGCAAGGGAAAGGUAAACAGCACUUCUGAGUGAGAUGAAUUUAUUAUUUGUAACUACAGUGAUGCUAAAUUGGUACCGACAUUUAUGAAAUGACAGACUUCACAUUGACUUUGUUUCAUUGGAAUUAUAAACAUUGGGGUAAUUAUCAUGCAUGAAAAUUUUUGUUGCUUUUCUUUAUUUGUAAGAGUAUGCAUAACUGAGAUUAAUAAACAGAUAAGUGGUUAAAGAGGAUAAA